AUGGCUCCCAAGAUUGCAAUUGUCUACUACUCGAUGUACGGUCACAUCAAGACCCUGGCCGAGGCUGAGAAGAAGGGCAUUGAGGCCGCCGGUGGUUCCGCCGAUGUUUUCCAGAUCGCCGAGACCCUCAGCGAGGAUGUGCUGGCCAAGAUGCACGCCCCCUCCAAGUCCGAUGUCCCUAUCAUUGAGCCCACCGAGCUCCUCGACUACGACGCCGUCCUUUUCGGUAUCCCUACCCGCUACGGUAACUUCCCUGCUCAGUGGAAGACUUUCUGGGACAAGACUGGCGGCAUCUGGGCCAAGGGUGGCUACUGGGGCAAGUACGCCGGUCUGUUCGUUUCCACUGGCACCCAGGGUGGUGGUCAGGAAUCGACUUGCUUGGCUGCGAUGUCGACAUUGGCCCAUCACGGCUUCAUUUAUACACCGUUAGGGUAUCGCACUGUCUUCCCUCUGCUCUCCAACCUGGACGAGGUCCACGGUGGCAGUGCCUGGGGUGCCGGUACUUUCGCCGGAGCCGACGGUUCUCGCCAGCCUACCGCCCUGGAGCUCGAGAUUGCCACUGCCCAGGGUAAGGCUUUCUACGAGACCGUCUCCAAGGUCCAUGCCGAGUCGAAGCCGGAGAGCUCGACCCCUGCUACGGCGCCAAAGAAGACAGAGGCUCCCCAGCAGCAGGGUUCUCAGGAGCCAGCUAAAAAAGAGAAGGACAAUGAAGGACCAUGUGGUCUACCCAAGAAGUGUAUCAUUCAAUGA